UGUAGUCUUAAUACCGCGUAGACUACUGGGAGAUGUGAUCUUUUCUUGUGUGAGCCGAAAUAGUAAACUACAACUCCCAGAAUAACAUUAAGACCAUUACAGGAAAUAAGCAAUGUUUGCAGGAUAACUGAACUGUGGCCAGGAAAGCAGCGACUCCGGCGGCAGACUCUCACCGCAGUCAUGGGAAAGAGAUACUUGUGCGACUACUGCGAUCGGUCCUUCCAGGACAACAUGCAUAACCGCAAGAAGCACCUGAACGGAGUCCAGCAUCACAGAGCCAAAAAGGCUUGGUUCGACCUCUUCAGAGAUGCAGCACUCAUCUUAGCUGAUGAACAAGCUAAAAAACCAUGCAGGAAGUUUCUGCAGACAGGUCAGUGUGUAUUCGGUAUGAACUGCAGAUUCUCUCACCUGACAGAGGAAGAUAUGGAAAGAUUAAAAGAACAGGUAGAAGAGGAACGAAGAGCCAGAGAGGAUCCCAGUGAGGCCAGGAAAUCCACUGAAAGGAGCAUUGAGGACUGGCUGGCCAGGAGAGAGAAGAGGAGUGAAGCCACAGACAGCAGCAGCAUUCUUCAAGUGGAAGGAGCGGAAAGUUCAUUUGGAAGCGAGCUUCCGGCACAGUUCAUGUCAUUCCCAGAUCUCCCGGCCUCCUUGCUCCCUCCCCCUCCCGGGGGGUGGAAGGACGUACCUGUCACAGAGUGGGGAUGAACAAACGACACAGCCCUGAGAUGCUGAGCUGUGAUGGGUGCACAGCCUGGGUUUCCAUUCUUUCAACUCUCAUACUGUGGGUGUGCACAGGGACAGGGACUAAACAAAUGCAUGGUAAUGACUGAAAGAGUUCUUGCCCGCUGCCUCUCUUGCACUGUGCUGGGAAACUGGUUGUACUACAAAACACUUCAAAUGACAUACAAACUCCUCCAGAAGAAGGCAGCAGAACAAUUAAUGGAAAUGAAUCUGGCCUUUUCCAAAUGUCUGUAGAGUCUAUUUUCACCCAAAGGUUGAACCACACAAGUACGCUGUCACUGCCCAUGCUUGUCAGACAUUCUCUUAAUCAACAUCUCAAGAGUUGUGUGGAGCCCACAGGUUUAUCAAGCCCUUGUCGAUUUUACAGUGUAUUCAUUUUUUACAUUUUGUUUCUUUUUUUUUUCUUGAUGGCAUUGGUAAAGUCGUGUUUGCUGGUGUAUAGGGAUGAAGAAGCAGCUACUGUUUAAAAAUAAAAGCACAAAACCCAGU